ACCUCUGUGUCACCAUCAAGGCCAGAGACAAUGCGUGGGUCUGGCCUCCACCCCCGGGAUUGUCCAGCUUAGGAAGCGACAAACUGCAGGGGUGGGGACACACUGGGGAGGAAAUGCCCCAGCUUGGCUCUGCUGUGUGGGGGUGCGUGGGCCCCGAUGAGGAGCAUCUGUGGGUUGUGGGGAGAGGCCGCAUCCUCCCCAGGGGCCCCCGGCCCAUCCAGUCAUUGGCCGAGAGUUGCUGAGGGUCCCAGGUCCCGGGGCUCUGCACCAGCCUAGGCUGCUUCUCUCCUGAGCCCCCUGCACCCCGACGGGCUCAAGCACCAGAACUGAGCGAGGCUGGAUGAGGAAGCAGAGAAGCCAGGAAGGCAGAAGUGGGGCACGGAGAUCUGACCUUCUCCAGAGAGAAGGUGACUUGGCUCCGUGUCGCCACCCGGGUCCUGGCGUUGCUGCAGGUGACAUCCGUGCUGGAGAAAUGACCCCGAGGGAUGGGCCCGUGUGGCUGCCCCCAGCUCUGCUGUUCCUCCACUUCCCAGGCUGUUGGUCUCUGAGCGGCCCCAAGUCCGUGAUGGGCACCGUCGGGGGAUCCCUGAGUGUGCAGUGUCAGUAUGGGGAGAACUUCACAGAAAAUAACAAAUACUGGUGCAGGAACUCAUGCUUGUCACCGUGGAAGAUUGUGGAGACCACAGGGUCAGAGAGAGCAGGGCGGAGCGGCCGCGUGUCCAUCAGGGACCAUCCUGCAAACCUCACCUUCACAGUGACCGUGGAGAGCCUCACGGAGGGGGACGCAGGCACGUACCGGUGUGGGAUCGAUACACCAUGGCUCGACGGAUUUGUGCGAGACCCCACCUUCCAGGUUGUGGUGUCUGUGAUGCCAGCCCCCACUAUAGCCCCCAGCCCCAUGAGGACCGCAGGCAGCCUGAGUCAUUCCACAUUCCGGCCAGCACCCACCUGGAGCACUGUGACCUGGCAGGAGGCCCCUGACCCCAGCCAACACCCUGGGUCUCUGCUCAGCAACUUCCGCUUGCUGCUCCUGGUCUUCCUGAAGCUGCCCCUGCUCCUGACCAUGCUCAGUGCUGUCCUCUGGGUGAACAGGCCCCAGAGGGGCUCCAGGGGGAGGCGGAGGGGCCGUCAGUGCCCCAUCCAGGAACACAGACCUUCUGGCGAAUGGGAAUGACCUACUGACCAAUAAACCCAAUCAUUGUCCAUGUUUCUAUCAGAAUACCAUGUAAACAUUUUCAUAACGUUUUUCUUGCAAUGUAUCAGACACAAAAAAGAAUGGUCCUAAUAAACCUAUACCAGAAAUACUCUUCAAAACUUGUGUGCCCACCUUGCAGGGUAAGUGACAGACACCAUUAAUACACCUGAAGUCCUGGGCAAUCCCUCUACAGGAACCAGCUCCAAAUUUUACAUUCAUCUCCGUUUUCUUCAUGGUUCUGCCAUGUAUAGGCACAUGUAUUUUCAAAGUAUAUACAUAUAUUUUUAACAGUCCCCAAGGUUAUUUUUAUUUUUUUCCUGCUUCAUUGAGAUAUUAUUGAUAUUUCUUGUAUAAACUUAAGGCAUACAGCAGAGAUUGCAAAAUAAUUACAAUUAUAGAAUUAGCUAAAUCUCUGUCACAUCUCAUAAUUACCAUUUCUUUUUUGUGGUGACAACAUUUAAGCUCUAUUCUCUUAGCAACUUUCAAGUAUGUAAUACAGUAUUAUUAACUAUAAUUGCCAUCCUGUCCAUUAGAUCACCAGAAUUUACUCACCUUAUAAUUGGAAGUUUGUAACCCUUUGACCAAUAUAUCCCCAUUUCCCUCACCCCUCUGCUCAGCCCCUGGUAACCACAACUCAACUGUUUCUAUGAGUUUGGCAUUUGAGAUUCCACAUAUAAAUGAUAUCAUACACAA